GGGAGAGAGAGAGAGAGAGAGAGAGAGAGAUUGAUUCCAGCUCGGUUUGACGGACGGAUUUUCCAACUAAAAUCAUAUGAUUCUUGCAUGGGAUUCCAUGCACUUCCACCCCUGAUUAGGAAGGCACUGAAAAUCCCCUCCAAAGCACUGCAAAAACUCCCAAAAACAGCACCCACCUUCUCCACUCCUCUGCAGAGCCUGUCUCACCUAAUUUUUCAAUUAUUAUUUUUUUCAUGGAGUUUUGAGAUCAAAAUCCACCAAAUUUAUCUGGGUAUCCUUCAUUUUAGCAGAAUUUUUGGUAGGAGCUGAGGAAACAGCUGGUGUCCUUUGCUUGGGGGCCCAGGGCUGUUUUCUGGCGAGCAGCAACGGUCACUGUCAUGAUUUUCUUUGGGUGGUGGCUCUCAAAGGCCCAUAUAAUCACACCCCCUCCUUUGCUGAGGACGAUUUCGAUCAGCUCCUCCACUACCCAGAGAUUUUCAUUGAGUUUUAUUGGGUCUCUCUUUUGAGAGGAGGUGGUGGCUUUGUUUGUUGGUUGAAAGAGGGUUGGAGUUUUGCUUGUGUUCUUGGGUUGCGAAGGGCAAGAGGGAAAAAAGAAAAAAGAAAAGAUCUUAGUCAUAUGAGGAGAUCUGUAACUCUGCUGGAAGUGCUUCUGGUACUUGCAUUGAUCACUGAGGCUCCAUGGGCAAUCAAUGGUAGCUCAGAUUGCAAACCAUCGAGGUCAAGGGCUUUCCGACCCCACAGCGUCACGAUAACUGAAUUCGGCGCGGUUGGAGAUGGGACCACCCUCAACACAAAGGCAUUUCAGAAUGCAAUCUUUUACCUUCGUUCAUUUGCCGAUAAGGGUGGAGCUCAGCUUUUCGUACCGGCUGGAAGGUGGUUGACUGGGAGCUUCAACCUUAUCAGCCAUCUCACAUUGAUGUUGGAUAAGGAGGCGGUGAUUCUCGGAUCAAUUGACUCCAGAGACUGGCCGAUUGUUGAUCCGUUGCCCUCAUACGGUCGAGGAAGGGAGCUACCUGGCAGAAGGCACAAAAGCCUCAUUUAUGGGUACAAUCUCACUGAUGUUAUAAUAACAGGUGACAAUGGGACCAUUGAUGGGCAAGGUAGUGUCUGGUGGGAUUCGUUUACAAAUCACACUCUGAACUUCACUCGGCCGCAUCUUGUUGAGUUGAUGCACUCGAAUGGGGUGGUUAUAUCGAACUUGACUUUCUUGAACUCGCCAUUUUGGACCAUCCACCCUGUAUACUGCAGCCAAGUCCAUAUUCACGACAUCACGAUACUUGCCCCCCUUGAAUCACCAAAUACAGAUGGGAUUGAUCCAGACUCGUCAAACGAUGUCUGCAUUGAGGACUGUUACAUUAGCACUGGCGACGACCUGAUUGCCAUCAAAAGUGGGUGGGACGAGUAUGGCAUUUCCUAUGCUCGUCCGAGCACAAACAUAUUCAUCCGUCGUGUCACUGGAGAGACUUCAUCUAGUGCUGGAAUCGCGCUCGGGAGUGAGAUGUCAGGCGGUAUAUCUGAAGUGCAUGUGGAGGGCCUCCAGCUUUUCAAUUCAAAAAGUGGUAUCAAUAUAAAAACAUCGCCAGGACGAGGUGGUUACAUUCGAAAUGUUUACAUCUCAGAUGUGACCAUGAAAAAUGUAACGAUAGCCAUCAGAUUCUUGGGUCAGUAUGGAGAGCACCCAGAUGACAAUUACAACGCAAGUGCUCUUCCUAUCAUAGAGAGGAUCACCUUCAAAAAUAUAAUAGGAAAAACCAUCAGGUUUGCAGGCCUGCUACAGGGCAUAGAAGGGGAUAGUUUCCACAACAUAUGCUUAUCCAACAUCACCCUGGAUGUGACAUCAGAUCUGCCAUGGAACUGUUCGGACAUUCAAGGCUAUUCUAUAUUAGUUUCUCCAGAGUCUUGUGAGCCUCUCAGAGAGAUACUCCCCAAGAAUUCUUCGGCCUGUUACCUAUCUAAUCAUUUGCCAAGCGAAUCGUCUGAAGGGAGCCGCUUGGUUAGAACGAUGAUGAAGUUCACAUCAAUGUAUCCUUUGCUGCUAUGGUGAAGAUAAAACUUCUAUGAGAAUGCCUAUUUGUUGAUAUUGAUUCAUGCCAUUUUUCUAAACAACCUUUUGUUUUUCUCUUUGUGGGGAUUUUGUUGCUAACAAGAGGUCGAUUGGGUUCGUGCUGUUAGUGGUUUUGAGAUGAUUUUGUUUAUGUAAGUUGUGUGUAGCAUAAAAUAAUUGAGUGAAUUAUCAGAAUUGAAGAAUGCAUUUUGAGUUUCUGCCCA